GUUUUCAGCCAGUUGUUUUAUGAGUCAAAAGCAACCCAAACCUACACUCAGUGGCCAGCGGAUUAGAACCCGCAAAAGAGGUACGUGCAUUGUGUGGCAGUCUGGUGGAAUAAUUUACUUUCUUUCAUAAGCUUAAACCUCUCAUGUCUAGUGGUGUGAUUCACAUUGCUGCUCUAGAGCAGGAUGUCAUCAUUCUCCAAAAUAUCAGACAGUGUAUGUACGUGACAAGACGUCAGGCUUAUUAGUUGGAAAGAUCAGUGUUUUCCUUUAUGUGUGCCCUAACAUUAACAGCCAUACAUGUCUCACAGAACCUUGUGAAGUUUGGAGAAAAAGGGCCAAUAGAAGGAAAUAAAGGGCAAAAGACAAAAAAAACAUCACUUCCCAGGGUCAAAAGUGUAAAGGGUGACAGGCAUGCCCCAAGGCAAGGCCGCAAAGCCCUUAAACUUUACUGGGUCGAAAUUAGUAUUCUAUUUAACCCAUUCAUUCCUGAAAGUUUUACCCAACAAUUGGUGUUUGAAGCUUGUCAACUGUGGGCACUUUCUAUUUUGUCUGAACUAGCCAGCCAGACCAGUCAAGUUGUAAAGAGAAUUCCUGUUUCAAAAUCACUGCUAUCCGGCCAGAUCAGUCUAUUAAUAAAAUUAAUGGUAUGCUCAGUGGUGGUGUUUACACGUUCAACGCACAAAAAUCAAUAAUUUACUUUCUUUCAGUGGUGGUGUGUUUUAGGGAAAAUUUUGAGAAAACACCAACAUUUUAUUUUCAAAAUGACUGGUCGGGCUUCCCUGCUAGCAGAGGGCUGUCACGGCAAGACAAGAAGGAGAGGAAAGAGAGACUUCUGUCAGCCUCAGACGCAAUUUCUAUCACACAUGCUCUGGCGUAAAGUCUCAACAGGGCAUGAGUAUUCCACAUUAAACAAAAUGGGUUUUAAAACCUGUAAGUUUCCGCCACAAAUGUAGUUAGUGGCUACAUGAAAGAACACAUCAUGAUCACAGGCUGGCAGAGGUCUCUCUCUUUCCUCUCCUUCUUCUCUUGCCAUGAGAGACCUCAGCUAGUAGGGAAUUGUCCAGCAGGCCAGUUCUGAUUGUUUGUAAGUGCCCUUAGUCAUGUGGCCGUCUAUUCACAGUUUUCCCAGAAAGAGACAAAACUGGCCAAAACGUUGUUUACAAGUUUAGCACUAGGCAUGGGUUUGUUACUGAUGGUUAAUUACUGCUUACAAACUUCUUUUGCUGUUUUUAUCUUUUUUAAAAACAAAUCCCUGUAACUGCAUACAACAUGAUUUCAAUAUUUCAAUAUUUUCUUGUGAUGUGACGUCCCUUUUAGUCACCUAAUUAAUUUCAUCAACAGACGAAAAAGAAAAGCAAGAUCCUCUUGCAUUUCGUGAUGCUAUAAUACAGGGGUUGCAGGAAAUUGGUAACAAUGAUCUAGAUCAGGUAAGUGCUUAUUUUGUUGUUGUUUUACAGAAUCAAUUUUUCCUGGGUAUCACGCUCGUCCCAAGAGAAAUCGAAGACAAUUAUGGCUAUGCAAAAUUUUGGGGGGGUAAACAAGGUGUAUUAUGGCCUAUGUGAAAAUGGUGAAUGGAAUAAACUCUACAAAUCCCUUUUUUUGGUGCAGUUAAUGAUCAUUGCAUUGCAAAAUCUUGAAAUGUGCUUGAAAUAAAAUAUUCUGCUCUAUGUAACCUUUAAUGGUCCAACAAUAAAUAAAUUAUGGCACAAGAUUUGCAACAAAACUUUUGUGUAUUGUUAUUCCAGAAUACAAUCAAUAAGCAAAGCGUUGAUAUAGUCAUACAAUGGGCAGAUUUGAUUGACUGUAUUCUGGUAAAUAAUAAAUGGAAUUAGCAUAAUUGGCUGGCAGAUGAUAUUCAGAGCUGUACAUUUAGCUGUAGUAGAGCUCUCUAUUGUUACCUUAACCUAAAUGAAAGGCAUUUGAAACAAUUAUUUUUCUCUUCACUCUAAUUCCAGAUUAAUUGGAUUUCAAAUAAAAUAUUAUUAUGAUCAACAAAAAGCACUCAAUGUAACAUUGAUUUGUUAAUACAUCCACAUCAAGGUGCAUCAAAUACUGUUGAAUUGGUCACAUCUUGGAGGCAGCAUAGCUGAGCGGUCAUAGUUAGAGUGCUAGAAUUGCAAUCCGGAAGCCCUGUGUUCAAUCCCAUGGCAACCGCUAGCCAGAUUUGUUCUGGGUAGUCCCAAGUUUAACUCCUUGGUCAUGCCUGUAAAUAGCCAACUAGUUUGCCUCUGGCCAGUGGGGAUUCUUAACCAUGACUGUUUUGUUUAUUUCAGUUAUUUGUUUCUGCCCUUUAGUAUUUGCUGGGCCACAAUAUACAACGUAAACUGCUGGGUUACCAGUAAUAUUAUUGUAUUACCCCUACAAAGUCAUCUUUUUUCAUUUUGUGCAAAUUUAACAUUUUGCAUUUGUUGAUUUCUUGCUGUGUUUUACUGUUGUCAGGUGUUGACGUUUCUUGACAAAAGUGGGGGCAAGCUAAAUUACCGACUCUAUGGAGAGUGCCUCUUUGAUAUACUGUUCGCGGGAGGAGUUCUCGGUAUGAUGUUUCUCCAAUGUAAAUUGAAAGCUGAUUAAUUAGCAGUCGCUAAUAUAAAGCCCAUGUGAAUGAAGAGAUUAUGCCAAGAUCUCAAAAUUUGACUAGAUUGAUUGCAGAAUACCCAGCCCACUAAAUAUCUCACUUAAAAUACUGCUCCCGCAGUCCCCCACAGUUGUCUGAUUUGUAUAAUAUAUUCUGACAUCGGCUACAGGAUGGAGGGACCGCGGGAGCACUAGUAUAAUUUGUUCUAUAAUCACAUUAGUUACUUGACAUCAUCUGUGGGAGUGCAGGACUGCUGGAGCACUAGUUGUAAACCCACUUGAUAUUCACUUUUCAGUGACUGCGGGGUGCGGGACUAGCAGAGCAGUCAUAUUACUCACUUAAAUUUAAGUAUCCAGCAUAAUGAAACAAGACUGCAUGAGCAGUUGUUGUUCAAGUAAGAUAUUUAGUGUGCUGGUUAUUCUGUAAUGGCUCCCAAAAUGCCUUAAUGAAUGUCAAAGACCUUUGCGUACUCGAAAAGAAACACAGCCGAAAGUCUUACAUUAUUGUGGUGAUCUGGGCUACCUCCUCUACUGGUUUUAUCUCUUCAUUAGAUUGUUUAUAACUUAACUAAAUUUAUUUUUUAUUUAUUUCAAAUACUUUAUAGCCCCUGGCGGAAGUAUAUUGGAGGAAGGUGAAAAGGCAACAUGGAGAACAUCAGUCUGUGUAUUUGAGGCCAAUGAUGAGGAUCUCAAGACCUACGUGCAGGUGUGUUGUACAAUACAAGUGCUCAACGAUCGCUCUUAUCUCCAUAAUAUUGUGCUGUGCUGUUAUUCAAAAUCUGUGCGAAAUAGUUUUUAAAAAAAAUAAUGUUCAAAAAUGAAUUGAGGUGGGGAGGUUGUGUAAAGGCAGGUUCCCUCCUUCCAGAGCUUAUUUUGAAUAAUUUACGAUCUCCAAAUUUGCCAAAACUCUCUCAACUACAACAGUUAUAAAAUUAUUAAGUGAUGGAAAGUGUUUAUUUCUCCAAAAACUGAGGAGGCAUCUUGACUUAGUGGUGAGAGAGAGCUCUGUGCUUGCAGUAUGGAGGCCCAGCCUGUCCCCUAGCUGGAUUUAUUCCUCAGGAGUCCAUGGGUUCAACAACUUGGAACUUACAGUCAAACCUCCAUCUGCAACCACCUCUCAUAAAUGACCACCUCUCAUAAGAGACUAUUCCUCUAAGUGACCACCUUGCCAAAACACCAACAUUUUGCCAAUCAAAGCCUUAUAGUCGGAACCUCCCAUAAACAACCACCUGCUAUAGAGAACUUUGACCACUAUUUCGUGACUAGGGCUUGUGGGAAGUUUAGAAUUUCCUGGCCAUAGCUGAGGAAAAAGGGGGCAAUGAUUUGGGAGGGGAGCUGAAUCAAGGCAUGUCUUUUCACUUUUAUUCUCCACAAUGUCUGCAGGUAAUAAACAAAGUUAUCGCACGGUACAGGUACCUGCAGAAGGCAUUUGAGGAGGAAAUUCAAAAGGUCAGUUGUUAGAAAUUGAUGUUGAAGAAUCAGGCAAGCCAAAGGUCACAGCUUUAUUUGUUGUACAUUUUCCAUUUUCACAAUUUUGCAUAAUCACUGUCUCUUAUUAAUUUUCUUCGCGGUAUUACAGCCACCCUAGGAGAUUUUGGAAUCAGUGCUGAUGCAGCAUUUUUGGAGUGCAAAUAAGAUUUAUUAUGGGCAAUACAUAAGUGGGGAAUAGUUUGUUGUAACCUUGCACUCUUCACACAUACUUAGCCCAAGAAAUAAAAAUUAAGAGUCAGAGCAGAUGAGAAAAAUGAAAUUUAGUCUUUACAUUUCACAAUUGGAUGAGUUCUAUACCUAGCACGUUUCUUGAUAGACUUUACUUGACUUAGGCUGGAUACCGAAUCGCAAAAAGUCAAUAGCCUUGUGAAGGGUGAUGAGGUUUCUUAGGCUUCUUAUCAUAUUCAAACUGUUGAAAUCCACUAACUUAACCCACCUGGGCUUUACAUAUUGAGACGAAGGCCAGUGCUGUUGGUCAUCAAUGUCAUGGUGUUUUUUUGUUUUGUCAGAUCUUGCUUUUCCUCAAAGGAUUCACUGAAGAUCAGCGAAACAAGCUUGCCAUUGUUACCGGAAUUAUUUUGGCAAAUGGUGAGGUUUGAUACAAAGGUCUUUGUUACUCUGCUGUAGGUUAACUAGUAUAACAGGGUCACAGGUUAACGUUUAAGAUUCAGGUUUUACCAGUCUAAAAUUAUUAUGAUUUUAAUGCUAAACACAGGUUUGACUGAUGUAAAUUGUACUACACUAUUGUAUUCUAUUUUAUGUUUGUUAUUGAUGGCAAUGGAAUCCUUUUUAAUACUUAAGCUUCAUUUUUGCAUCAAACUGUCAGGUUUUGUCCUUGGUUUUUGCUUGCUUUUCUACUGUGCUUGUUUUCAUACUUCAUACUAUGUACUAAAUUAUAAUUUUGUCACAUGUUUAUUGCAGGCAUGGCACCGCCCACAUGUUUGAACAAACUGUCAAGUGAUAUUCUUAUCAAAGAAGGUGAGUACCUAUUUUUUUAUGUAUACUGUCAAUCGUUUGUGCUACAUUUAUACUAACACUGGUGUCAGUGGAUCCUAAUUUGAACUAGUGGAAAAGAAGUGAUAGUGUCCUUAAGCAACAACAACAUUUUUAUAUGUAUCUCGGACAAUAAAAAUAACAACCAGAAGUGCAUCUUAUCUCUCUUUGAGUACCCUGACCAGAUAAUGUUAUACUGCAGGAUUUAAAAAGGGGUGCCAGCCCUGUGGGUGGGGGUCUGCCAUAUCAAAGCGACAGGGUUGCUUGUCAUCUCACGUAAGGGUGUAAAUUGCAGGUUUUGGUCUCACUUCUGGCAUUUGAGACAGAAAGUCACUAUAUUUGCCCAUUCAGGUACCACUUAAGGCUGUGCUCAAAGAAAUUUACAAUUAUGUACUUUUGUCACCUUUUAGUAUAUUAUUUUUAUAAAGGGACAUUUAAUAUGCCUACAGUAGGGUAGCCUAAAUAUUAUUUGACCUUAUUUUUCCAUAGGAAUUGCAUUGCAGUUUUUGACCAAAGUUUUUCAGUCCGUGGUAAAAGAGAAGGAUUUUACCUCUCUCAGCUCGCUGAUAAGAAAAGCUGAGCUGGAGAAUAAACUAAUGGUAAGUAAAUUGAAGAGCUGCCAUAAUAUGGAAUAAGGCCUUAAGUGACUCAAGUUUUAACGUGAAAUUCUCCCUUUGUCUCACAAGCAUAUACUGGGCAAAUUGACAGGAGAAUAUAGCAAUUUAUCAGAGCUCACUGUAGGCUUUAUUCCAGGCACCCUUCAAGUGCCCGCCAGUACCUUAAUUUAUCAUCACCAGUAUUCUUAGCAAAAAUGUUAGUGAGACUAGGCAAAUAAUUAUUGAAACAAACGAUUUUAAAUGAGAAAUACCGUAACGGGUUUAAGACUUCCAAUUAUAAGUAGAACGUGUUGAAAAUUUAGGAGUUUCUUAGCUAAAUUUCACACUGAUUGUACGUUUGUUGAAGCUGCGGGAUCCGGCACUUACCAGGAAUCUUUUGUUGACAAGACUGUGGUUCAAAUCAAACUUAGGCCUAAAAUAUCAUUUUAUCCACUCUUUUCUUGACCUUUGACAAUCACUUGAUUUUAUUUGUCUCCAUGUGUACAGGAUUUCUUUCCUCCAAACAAGCAAACUCAAGAAAUGUUUGAAAAGCAUUUUAAUGCAAAUGGUCUGGAUAAACUUGUGUUGUUUCAGGUAACUUGAUUGGUUUAUUGAUUGAUUGAUUGAUUGAUUUGUUUUUGUCACAUUACAAGUUUUAAAAAUAUACUGAAAAAAUAUAGAUUGAAAAAUAUGGUGAGGUCUGAACUGGAAGUCUGGGGCUUUUAUGUGGUCCAGGCCAACUAAAAUUUAUUCCAACUAGAUACAGUGCAGCUGGCCAACUAUUUUAUUGAUCACACUUUAAAGGUUUUUAAAAAAUAAUCUGAAAAAACUAUCCUUGAUUUUUUUUUUCUGGUGCAAAUAUGAAGCUCUCUGAAAGUAAUGCUCUGCUUACUUCAAUGAGGCCCCCUUAGCAUUGGUACAGAUAUUCUUGAAUUUCAAGACAGAUUAUUUCAUGUAUUGAGGGGGAAACCCUGUUCCUGUUGGCAUUUUAUUAUUUUUCUUCUUCUCUUUUCUUUUUUUGGCCUUUUUCUCAUCAUUAUUUGGCUUUAUUAUAAAGCUUCAUUCUUGUAGUUUGCUGCUGUAAAGCUGAUCAACUAAUUACUACUUGUUAAAACUUGUGGGUAGUGGUAAGAUAGGAUUUUCAUUUGAAUUUACUGUCCACUUUCCCAAGUUUAUUAUGGCUAGUAAACUGAUCAGAAUUGUUACAUUUGGGCAAAAAUAAAGUUUAAAAACACUUACUAUUUUUAAGUGACACCUACAAUAACAUAAUUAUGUUUAUGUUGGAUUUUAGAAAGCCCAGCAAGCUAUGGGUACACGAAGAGCUUUUCAACAGCAGCUGAAAGAGAUGCUUACAGAAGAAACACCCGUGAAAGAAGUAAGUUGUAUGCUUCAUCAAGGCUGUGUUCUAGCAGCACCUGUUUGUCCCUGGUGCCCUACUUUUGCUCUUAAGCAACCAGGAAGUUGUUUUUUCAUAGAAAUCAUAUGCUGUAUACCCUGGAUUUCACAGGUUCACAGCACCAGGCUCCCUUCAAUUUUUCUUGGUGCACAGCCUUGAUUUUAACUCUCAUCAACAUUAUUUAAAAAGAGGUUGAAGGUUUAUUUAUAGUGGAAGUGAACUUCUCUUAUCCAGCUAGUUUAGGGGCACUCCUCUCAAAUAAUUAGAAACAAAUAAACCAAAUAGAACAUAACAGGGUUAAAACCGCAACUGGCAAGAAGCAGCCAGUGGGCUAUGUACAAGCAUGGUGAAGGAUUUAAACUCGGUGCAACAGAGAUGAAAUCCAGCCAGUGGCCGUAGUGGUAAUAAACCCCGGACUGCCAGAAUGCAAACUCAAGAGGUGAUCACUCGGCCACGCGCUCACUCUGUUUGAAACUGGAGUUAUUCAAACAUAGUGAAUAUCAUAUCACCAAAAAGAUAAAAUAUUGGGUAAAAAACUUUUCAUUUUUUGGAAGGGAGGGGUGGGAAGUAUCAGGAGAUGGCUGCUGUUUGUGGGAUUAAGUUUUGUUUUCAUUUUUUGUUCAGAUGAUAGCAACUUGCAAGGAAGAAAUGAAAAAAUCAGAACUUCUUGAAGAAGAUGUGGUUUUUCUGGUAAGAUAGUAUGUCAACUCACUUUACAGUAAGUUUGUGUGAUCUAUUAAAAAGAGUUAAAAACAAAUAAUUUAUUUACAUAUUAUUAUUUUAUUCAGCUACCUGUAUGCAUGGUACGCAUGUGCAUACCUGAAAAAAGUCAUGCACAAAAAAGACAUAAAAUAAAUAAAUGAUAAAAAAUAAAAAGUUGAUUUCAAAAAGGAUGCAAAAUAUCUAAAGAUAAUAAUUAUUUUAAGAGCACAGUUUGCCUCAAUUCAUUCAACUCUGGUUGUUUCUCUUUUUACCAAAAACUUGUUCAGAUUCCUAACCUUUACGCACGUCAAUAAAUCCUGGGUGCAAUGACAAAGUUGUUAUAGUUAUAAACUGAUAAAUCAGUAAGUGUAAGUAUUUAUGUGGUGUUGUCUGUGUAGGUGUGGAAAGGUUUGAUGAAAGCAGUGGAAUGGAACAAAAAAGAAGAGUUGCUGCAUGAUCAAGCUUUGAAGCAUCUCAAGGUACAGGAAGAGUGUAGCUUACAUGGCGGAUGUUAACAGGGGAAGGGGAAUGGGGAAUUCAGUUGCAUGGGGUGAAAGGGAGUUCAUUUCCCCCACUCCCCGUGCUCCCUUUCCCCUGAAUUCCCUCUUGCCAUUCUCCUUUUAAUGCCUGCCAUGCAGGCUAUAAAGACUGCAGGUCAAAGAAAACUCUUAGACCCUCAUGGUAGUAGAAUUCCGUGGCCUCCAGUGGGCAAUACCCAUUAAUCCCCAGUAUCCACAUACAAAUUCUCCAGACUGAUGUCUACAUUAAAUUUUUUUAUUAUUUUUUCAUAUAAAAUUAGUGGAGAGAAUUGUUUAGUUAAAAUGUCAAAGCAUCCCUUAAGUAAUCUUUUUUUUUUUUAAUUCUCAUAACCUUAUCUUUUGAGUAUGUAUUGAUAUUGUUAUAGGAGAAAAUUGAUUUUAAUCACUCUUGUGGCUUUAAUCUUUUGUAGAAUUAUGCCCCACUUCUGGCAACAUUUACUUCUCAAGCAAAGUCAGAGUUGACUCUUUUGGUGAAGGUGCAGGUAAAUCGGCUCUAGUAACUAAUAAUAAUUAAAACCAGUCUCGUAACUGCCUGCAGUAUCUUUGAAGUGUGCUGAAUAGUGUUUCAAGAUCAGUAGCAAUUCUCUCUCUCUCUCAAAAAGACAUGAGAUUUAUUCAGAAGCAUGGUAAAAAAUGAAAUUUACUUCUGAAAGAAAGAAAUUGUUUUAUGCUUGAUGUCACUGAUCAAUGCUACAUUUCUACAGCUGCAAGUGAGAGGGCAUUCCUGCCAUCUGCGAUGUUGUCAUGUGGAUUUCUUAGUUAAGACAUGAAAACCGAGGCACUUAACCUCACUCUGCUUGCUGCAACAAGAACGUUAGGAAAGAUUUUUUCCUUUUCCUCCCUCCCUUUUUGCUCCACUUUACACUAUUUGUUGGCAGCUGUGGCCUCAUCUUUUCUGAUUUUUAGCCUUUACACGGUGUAAUAUUGAAAAAAGUUGACGUUACUCUUAUUUUUUGGCAGGAAUAUUGCUAUGACAACAUGUCCUUCAUGAAAGUCUUCCAAAAGAUAGUGAUGCUCUUCUACAAAAGUGAGUGUGAAUAAUUGAAGCUUACUAUAAAAAAAUUAGUAGAUAAGAAGGAGCAAUUAAAUCUUUUGCUCCUAUACAAAGAUGCCAACCUCCACACAUCUAAAAUCUGGAGACUCUCUUUUUUGCACUUCCCCUGCCCUGAUAAAUUGACCCAGUCUGCCAAAAUUAAUAUUAUGACAUGGCCAUGGCUUAGGACAUUAUAUGAAGUCUUACGUGAAGUAGAUACUAUCAAAAUUUGCUUUCAUCAUAAUUUGUAAUGAUGAAAUAGUCUUUGUCAGUUAAUAAAUAUGUGCAGAAAUGUCCGAGAAACCAUACAAUAUUAAAUAAAAAAAGUUCGAAUUUUGGGGGAAAAAUGGGCUAAAUUUCAAACUAAAGCACAGAAAAGCUCAAAAGUCCAUUUUAUAUGGGAGAUUUGGUGGCCUGUACGGGAGUGUGGAAAAUCAGUGCCAUAUCCUGGAGAGUUGGUAUAUAUGCCUAUAGUUCACAUUAAAGGGAACCAAAAGCAAAAGACAGCCCUGCCCAUAAAGGGACUUCAAUCAACUUUCUCUGAGACAGAGACACCAAUGGGACAGUUUGUCUUGGGGAGAUGCAGUGCUGGUUCAAAGUUGACAGUAUUCAAUAUUUCCACCAGGGAUCCAAACUAGCAAAGCAUUUACAGGGAACCCCACUGGAUAGAAUUUAAACCUAGAGUUUUUCGAGCUGAGACAAUGUGUUGUAGGCUGUUGUGCCAUCAUGGCUUUGUGUGCCUGCAAGCAAGCUAUCCAUUUGGGAAUUUAACUGAGAGGUACAAGGUCUUGCACUUGUGUGAAUCUUAGGCAGUGUGAGCUGGGAUAGCUGGCUUUCAGAGCUCUUAUAGAAAGCAUACUCAAACACUAUGACCUUGCUUGGGAAUAAGAUGUUCUUAUAAUCUCAUGACCUAACCUCCGAUAUUGUGAUUGCUUCUUGUAUUCAGCUGAUGUAUUAAGUGAAGAUGCCAUAAUCAAGUGGUACAACGGAGGACAUUCAACAAAAGGGAAAAAUGUUUUCCUGGAACAGAUGAAGAAAAUGGUGGAGUGGCUUCAAAAUGCUGAGGAAGGUAAGGUUUGAAUUCAAAACAAAAAGUCUCCUUUUGUCUUUACAUACCAGUAUCUUUCAGAAAAGUGGCUGAUUUCUACUUUCUUACCAGUCACUUCUAUUUGAGCACUCACAGAAAUCUUUUCAUGACCUUUACCAAAAGACCAAUCACAGGCAAAAUCCUGGAACAGACUGUCCUUUGUAAGGGUCUAGAGCAAGGAUUUGUGCACUGAUUUGCAGAUACUAUUUUAAGGUUAAAUUUAUCUGGAACAGAUGAGACUUACACCAGUUUUCUUUUCUUGCACUAGAAAAGCACUGGGAAACCACACAAACUUUGAUAACAAAGUAAGCUCUUUAGCAUCAGUGGUGUAAGACAUCUUCCGAAUGUAUUUUUUUUUUUUAGAAACUGGCUCAGAGGAAGAAGAUGAAGAAGAAGCCUAA